UCCAAAAACCAUCCACAAGAAAAUAUUAAAAGUUUAUAAUGGGUAAAGGUUCGUCGCAAUACCACCCUAACCCUAAAACCAGAAGCAUGUUAACAUAUUUCUUCCACAGGCACAGAUAAACUAUACGUGAGUUUCUAAACUACCAACGUCAACUUUUCCCUUGCUAAUACAUGACAUCUAGAUCACCCAUUCCGAAUGGUCUUCCACCGAUGCAUUCUCCGCCAGCAGUGGAUCUAAUGUUUCCCUAAAAGCCCCCAAUGGCUCAUUCAAACGUCUUCCCUUCAACUUUUGCGCCGCGAGUCUACAACCCUUCAAACAUCCCGUCUGUACAGCCGAAGGUACAAUAUUCGACAUAGAAGUGAUUUCACAAUGGCUCGAGAAGCACGGCACAAAUCCUAUCAAUGGAGAACCUUUGAGUGCGAAAGAUUUGAUCAAAUUGAACUUUGCGCGAAAUGGCGAUACUGAUGCGCAAGAGAGAGGUUCUGGUGGUGCUGGAGGUGAUGGUAAAGGGGAGAUGGUAGAUCCUGUCACUUUCAAGGUUUUUACAGAUAAUACGCAUAUUGUUGCUAUACGGCAUGGCAGUGAGGCCAAUGUCUUUGCUUGGGAAACGGUGGAGAGAUUGAAUAUUAAAGCGAAAAUGUGGUUAGAUCUAGUCGAUGAUCGGGAAUUUGGGAGGUCAGAUAUUAUUACAUUACAAGAUCCGCAGAACAUCGAAAGUCGAGAUUUAAGCAAGUUCAAAUUCUUGAAGGAGGGAGAAUCUGUGUUGAGUAAAGAACAGGAGGAAGAAAGAUCUAAAGGUAGCGUUAAUAUUAACGCGCUGGGCAGAGUUGGAGAUAAAGUUUUGAGGGCAAAAGAAGCUGUGGAGAAAGCCAGAAGGGAAAGAGAAGCUGGCGGGGAUGUUAAUCGCGCAAAAUCGAUGAUUAAACAAGGAUCUACGACUUCUAUGGCGAAACCUUCAUUACUCCAAGAAAAGAAGACAGCAUACAAUGCAGCACAAUAUACAACCGGAAGAGCAGCCGCAAGUUUUACGAGUACAGGAUUAACUCCAGAAACCAGUGGAGAGAGAGCAAUUCUUACGGAUGAAGAGUAUAUGUUAAAGCCAAAACGAGUCAAGAUAAAGGGAUAUGCCAGGAUCGAGACGAAUCUUGGUUCAUUGACAAUUGAAUUACAGACCGAGACGGCACCUCGGGCAGUAUGGAACUUCGUUCAAUUAGCCAAAAAGGGUUAUUAUAAUGGUGUUUCUUUCCAUAGGAAUAUACGAAACUUUAUGAUUCAAGGAGGUGAUCCAACCGGGUCCGGUAAAGGAGGUUCAAGUAUCUGGGGAAAGAAUUUUCAAGAUGAAUUCGACGGACCUUUAACUCACGAUUCAAGAGGUGUGAUGAGUAUGGCCAACAAAGGUAAAAACACAAAUUCAAGUCAAUUCUUCAUCACCUAUAAAGAAGCCAAACAUCUCGAUCGCAAACAUACCAUUUUCGGCCGAGUAAUCGGUGGCAUGGACGUCCUUGGCAAACUGGAAAAAGUAGAAGUAGACGAAAAAAGUCGACCGAUAAACGACAUCAUCAUGGAAAAUGUCGUCGUCUUCGUCGAUCCAUUUGAAGAAUUCCAAAAGCAAAAACAGGAGAAUGAUAUUGCGGAGAAGGAAAAGGCGGAGAUUAUGAGACAGGGUGGAACUGAAGAUGAUAAAACUACCUGGACGGGUAAACGUAUUAGGGGGGAUGGAUCGGUGGUGCAAAAUGAAUCUUCUGGGGCUGUGGGGAAAUAUCUUAAAGCUGGUGUCGGUGCGGGUGUGGGUGUGGGUGCGAAUGCGAGGAAUAGUGGUGGUGUUGGGAUCGGGGAGGUCGAGGAGGAAGAGAUGCUACCUGUGAAGAAAAAGGUUAAGUCUAGCGGAUUUGGAAAUUUCGAUGCAUGGUAGUUAGGGCGGAUGGUUUAUAAUGAUUUAUUGGAUGGUUCUUGAGUUGUAAUACCAUUUCUCGCAUAGGCAAAUGAAUUUCUGUGUGAGCGGAGAGAUGAAUGAAUCAAGGGAUGUUUUGGAGUACUAGGUACUCUUACCCCGAGAGAGAUUGGAGCAGGUAAAGAUAUUGAAGAUAUAUAUGUAAAUAGCAGGACAGUUGACAGUUUAUUGCAUGUAUCUAUGGAGUUUGAUGAUGAUGAAAUUUAUUGUUGGUCACCUAGUUAAUGACUGAGUGGUAAGAUUACACGAUAUAUAUAGCAGAGUGGAAAGUGUAGAUGGUUAGAAUU